GCUACACGGAAGCAAUUCGUCCUCGGUGUUUAUAAACGACAAAUUCUUAGAGGAAGCGACCGGGGUAAAGACUGUACACAAAUACACUUGAAAUAUAACAAAAUAUCAACAUGGGUGUUUCAGAAUCUGAGGGAUCUUCUACGUUAUUGGACGAAAAACUGCUCCGUUUCAUGGAGCAGCUUGAGUUACUGGAGGAGAAACGAGCCUCUCUCAACUCUCUCAUCGAGCAGGGAUGGUUUUCAAUGUCCAAGGCUCGAUAUUCUAUGGGAAACAAACACGUCUCUCCACUGCAGUAUGCGAGUGAGAUGGAGCCACUGGUCCUUGUUCAUGCCAAAACACUGGACAGUGGUGAGUUGGAUUUUUCCACAGAACGGUUCGAACAAAAGUGUUGCAAGGAGGUCGGAGCAGAUAACCGCUCAAUAGAGGAAAUUGGACCUCAAGAAAAAGGUGUCAGAAGAAGAAUCAAACCAAAAGAGGAUAUUACAAAGAAAGCGGUGAAUGAAGAGACGAGCAGUGAGAAUGCUCCUGAAGUAACUCCAGUAACAAAAAGCGACCAGAAUCUCCAGCAAGAUCCACUCAAAUGGUUUGGGAUUCUAGUGCCCCAGUCCCUCAAACAUGCACAGUUGUCAUUUAAGCAAGUUCUGGAGCUGUCUGCUGAAAUUGCAACCCUUCAGACUGCAGUUCUAAGCACCAGACAGGAGCUGAAGCACAGCAAGAAGCACAAACACGAGGAAGCUUCAGCAACCCAGUUGGACAGCGUGGCAGACUGAACAACUCUGAGUCACAUCUGGAGAUGGUCUGAGACCGUGACAGUGGUCUGAGUCGCUAGAUGAUGCGCAAGGGCCAAUUGAAUUUGACAGCAAUCUCCCACGGUGAAUAACGAAGUAGAGAUUGCAGAGGAUUGUUCAGUUACUCAAUGUCUAAAUAGUAAUCGGUUAUGUUUUACCCUGUGCGUUCGUAUUGUCUCACUCAUCAAUGUGUGGCUCGCUUGAGAUGGAUCUGUUUGUGAAUGCUGUCUUUUAGUGUUUUUAAUAAAUUGUAUGUUGUAGACUGCAAUAUCUAUUUAUGAACAUAAA